UCACCAAGCCUGAGAUCCUGCAGAAAGCCUCUGUGAGAAUCAUAGAUCAGAAGACCUGCAACUUCCUCUAUAACUUCUCCCUCACUGACCGAAUGAUCUGUGCUGGCUUCCUGGAGGGGAAGAUAGACUCAUGCCAGGGAGAUUCAGGUGGACCCUUGGCCUGUGAGGUCACCCCAGGAGUUUUUUAUCUGGCUGGCAUCGUGAGUUGGGGAAUUGGUUGUGCCCAGGCUACGAAACCCGGUGUGUACUCCAGAAUUACCAAACUCAAAGACUGGAUCCUGGAUACCAUCUCACAGUUGCCCUGUCCUGGCACAGGCACCCCUUCCAGUUCAACCGUUACUAGAACUUCUACUGCAGCCAUCCUCACCCACCAGCCCAGCACAACAGCUGCAAGUCCAAUCAACAGAACCACCCUGGGGAUGAAGAUGACCACAACCAUGAAAGAAACCUCCGCAGCUCUGAAAACCACUGAGCCUGCUAAGCCCACCCAAACCCCAGUGGUGCCUUGUACCAGCGUCACCUUCAAGUGUUCCAGCAAGGUCUGUGUUGGAAAAGAAAAUCCCGAAUGUGAUGGCAUUGUUGACUGCAGCAAUGGCUUUGAUGAGCGCAACUGCGACUGUGGCUUAACAACUGCUCUGACCUUCAGCAAGAUCGUGGGUGGCAGCACUGCGGCUCGAGGAGAAUGGCCCUGGCAAGUCAGUCUCUGGCUUCAGCGGAAGGAGCAUAAGUGCGGAGCUGUCCUCAUUGCUGACCGGUGGCUGCUCUCUGCAGCUCACUGCUUUGAUAUUUACAGUGACCCCAAAAUGUGGGUGGCCUUUCUAGGCACACCCUUCCUGAGUGGCAUCGAUGGCAAAAUGGAGAAAAUAUUCCGUAUCUACAAGCAUCCUUUUUACAACGUCUACAGCCUGGACUACGAUGUGGCACUGCUAGAGCUGAACAUGCCCAUCAAGUUCAGCAACACCAUCAAACCUAUAUGUCUCCCAGACAAUUCACACAUCUUCCAUGAAGGAGCCAGAUGCUUCAUCACAGGCUGGGGCUCUACAAAGGAAGGAGGUCUCAUGUCAAAGCAUCUGCAAAAAGCAGCAGUGAACAUGAUUGGAGACCAGGCCUGCAAAAAGUUCUACCCUGUCCAGAUCAGCAGCAGGAUGGUGUGUGCCGGUUUCCCACAGGGCACCAUCGACAGUUGUUCAGGCGAUGCAGGUGGGCCCCUGGCAUGUAAAGAACCCUCAGGGAAAUGGUUCCUAGCAGGAAUCACAAGCUGGGGCUAUGGCUGUGCCAGGCCAUACUUCCCUGGUGUCUACACCAAAGUCACAGCUGUCCAGGGCUGGAUUGCGCAGAACCUCAAGCUCUGAAGCUGCAUUUCACCACUCAGGGAAGGCGACGAAUAACAGGAGUGAUUGCCAGAGGAUGCACUAACUCCUCAGCUAUUGUACAUUUUUUUUGAUGCUGCAAAGGGGUGAAGAUGGCCUGCAGGUAUUAAGCAAAUGCCAGUGUUGUGUGACCCACUGCAAUUGUGACACCAGGGCAUUUGAUAACUGCUUUGCAUAGAAAGGUACAAUUCUAGACAUUUUCUGUAAAUAAAUGAGGCCUGUCCCAUC